UAAUUGUUUAACAUAUAUACUAAGGAACAUCUAUGGCUUCCAUCGGUGGAUUUCAUGAAGAAGAAAAAGAUGGUAAUCUAUCUAUGGUAUAUCACCAUCCCACACUACAAACUCCAAGCCCAUCCUCCUCCGGUGAAGCAGCUAGCCACGACCACUCUCUUCAACCUCUUUUCUUAUGCCUUACUACACGAUUGUCGAUUUCAAGAUUUCAAAAACAUCCACCUUUAGAUUAUUACACACUUUUCCCCUUCAUUUCACCCAUUGAAUUCUCUACAAGAUUUCCAAAACAUCCAUCUAUACACUAUCAUACCGUAUUCUCUUUUCAGUGCAACAAUAAAGAAUUUGAUGCUAGGGGUGGGUGCGAUGCAUGCAACGGCUCAAGUUUUGGCACAGAAUAUUAUUGUUGUGAUCAUUGUUAUAAAGUGUACCAUAAAGAAUGUGUCGAGUCUCCACUUAAAAUCAAACAUCCAUACCACCCUGAGCAUUCUCUCCAACUUUUUCAUUAUCCAACUAAUUAUCGUAACAUUGAGUGUUUAUGUUGCGGGAGAGUAGCACAAACUCUAGUUUAUUAUUGUACCAUAUGUCAGGCUAUCAUGCAUCCAUUAUGCGCGAUGAAGCGGAUACCCUUCUUUUUAAACCAGCCUACAAGACAUGAUCACCCCCUAACCUUUUUCCACAGGCCAAAUUUUUUAAUUUGCGACGUUUGUGGUUUGUUGAGAAAAAAUGAUCCCACCUACAUAUGUGCCAGAUGCAACUUUGUAUCUCAUAAAGAUUGCUUGUAUUCUCCAUGUAUCAUCAAGAUAUCACGUCACCAUCAUCGUAUUUCUUACACUUCUUCUUUACAAUCCGGAGAUUGUUCUUGUGGGGUUUGCCAUCAAAGUAUUAUCAAUGAUUAUUGUGCAUAUACCUGUCUUAAGUGUAGUGAUUAUGUUGUUCAUUCAAGAUGUGCUAUCGGGCAAGAUGUAUGGGAUGGAGAAGAACUCGAAGGUGUACCAGAAGAAGAUGAUAUAAUACAGGAUGUUAGACCCUUUGAUACAAUUUCUAAUGGAGUGAUACUUUAUUUUCUUCAUGAACAUCAUCUACGGCUCGAGGUUAAUAUACCUAAUUAUGAUGAAAACAAGCUUUGUCAAGUGUGUGUUUGUCCUAUCUUUGAAGGUAAUUUCUAUUCUUGUAUUAAGUGUGACUAUAUCAUCCAUGAAACAUGUGCCAAUGCUCCCCGCCAAGUACAACAUGGGUUACAUCCUCAUCUACUUACAUUGAAGGCUAAAAGUGGAUAUAUUGAUGAUUUUUUCAUUUGCAAUGCUUGUGAACGGGUUAGCAGUGGCUUUGUUUAUCAGUGUCCAAUAAGGAAAUGUGAUUUCGAUCUGGAUGUAAGGUGUGCUUUAAUUUCUGAGCCGUUUGAUUACAAAGAUCAUAAACAUCCCUUGUUCAUAAAUUUAGACCGGGAAGAAAAACUCAUAUGUCAGGUAUGCGAAAGAAAAUAUUAUAGACAACUAAAUUGCAUUGAAUGCAAUUUUAUUGUAUGUUUUAAAUGCUCUACCUUACCAUACAAAGUAAGGUAUAAACAUGAUAAACAUUUUCUCGAACUUUUAUAUGGGAAAGAAGUAUGUCAUAAAGAUUGGUGUGAGGUAUGUGAACGUGAUUUAGGAGAUACCAACACAAAAGUGUUCUAUUGGUGUGAUGAGUGCUGCACCACUAUUCAUAUCGAAUGCUUAUUGGGUGAAGACCCAUACAUGAAGCAUGAUCAAAAUUUCAAAGUAAAAGGGAUGGAGGUUCAAAUUCUUCACCAAAGUAUUCGACCGUUAUGCGAUUAUUGCAAGAAUCCUUGUCAAGGUAAAAUAUUUAAAUUAUACACCAACAUAGCAUGUUCUGUGAAAUGUGGCUUUCAUAUAUCUAUAGAUUUAAGAAAAAAAAAUAUGGGCUUCUAGUGACUUAUUUACCCCUCUAUUUAAGUGUAAUUUAUGAUUUUACUUUCAGUUUGAUUUUUAAUAUGUUAAGCUUUAACUUCGAUGUGUUACAUUUUCUCAUGUUUUUGUAAUUUUUUAUAUUAAUUGGAUAG